GAAUUCUCCAGAGCUAUUUCUGUUUAAUGGGACAUCCCCCUUAAAAAUUGAGAAUGAUUAAAGGUUGCAUUCGAGCUUUAUUCACCAAAUCAGCAUUGGUCGGCGUAUCUAAAGAUAGAUUUACACGUCUGUUAUUACAGAGGAUGUCCUUGUGUGCAUUUGGUCGUGAUCUGAUACCUUAUGAUCCUCCUGAUUAUGCAUGUCAUCUCAAACAUCUUCCAAAGUACAAAAUAAAGCUAGCUCAAUCACCCACCCCUAUCCACAAAUGGAAUAUUCCAGGUGUUCCAGAUGAGUAUACAAUUAGCAUUAAGAGGGAUGAUAUGACUGGAAGCACUCUAUCAGGGAAUAAGGUGAGGAAGCUAGAGUUUCUGUUUGCAGAUGCCUUGGAGAGAGGGUGUAGUCAUGUCAUAACAUGUGGUGGAAUACAGUCCAAUCAUUGUAGAGCUACAGCAGUUGCAGCAACACAGCUAGGUCUCAAAGUGCAUCUAGUUCUUCGUGCAGAUAUCAAGGAUGUAUCAGAAGUGUCGUGCCAAGGUAACUUGCUGAUGAAUCGGCUUUGCGGGGCUGACAUGUACUUUGUGCCUCGAGGUGCUCCAUAUGAAACACAGCUGAAGCCUAGGAUGGAGAUAAUUGCUCAACAAAUAAAGAAAGAUACUGGGGAGGAUACAUACCACAUACCUGUUGGAGGUUCAAAUACUUUAGGUAUGUUUGGUUACCUUGAUGCAUUUACAGAACUACUUAGUCAGGGUGUUGCUGAUAAUUUCGAUGACAUUGUGUUUGCCUGUGGCAGUGGGGGCACAGCAGCUGGCCUGUGUAUUGCUAAUUACCUUACUGGCUCUAAACUCAAGAUCCAUGCAUUGAUAGUAUGCGACAGUGCUCAAUAUUACCAUGGUCACAUCAAUGAGGUGCUGAGAGAUGUUGGUCUUAAUGAUGUCACCUCUGAAGAGAUUGUUGAUGUCAUUGAGGGUCAUAAAGGUCAAGGUUAUGCUGUAUCUCAGCAAUUUGAACUGGAUUAUUUGAGGGAUGUAGCAGUGGGCACUGGUAUAAUGCUGGACCCUGUCUAUACAGGCAAGGCAGUACUAGGUCUCACACAGGAGCUCAGGACCAACACCAGUAGGUUCAAAGGACAGAGAAUACUAUACAUCCACACUGGUGGUGUAUUUGGACUAUAUGAUGGAAGAAUUGACAAUACACUCAAACAAACUGAUAGUGUCACAAAUAAGCUUCACAUGUGGAUGGAUAUAAACUCACCACCAUCAGAUUCCAAAUAAAAAUCUGCUUAUGAGUUAU